AUGGCUGAUCAUCACCAGGAAAACCCUCCUUUGAUAAUCUCCAAGAUUGCCAUCAUUGGAGCUGGUGUUAGUGGCAUCGCAGCUGCUAAACAGUUAUCUCACCAUAACCCUGUUGUUUUUGAGGCCUCGGAUUCAAUAGGAGGGGUCUGGAAAAGCUGUGCUUAUAAUUCUACUAAACUACAAUCUGCUCGUAAGGAUUACGAGUUCUCGGAUUUUCCAUGGCCUGAUAGAGAUGAUCCAAGUUUUCCUACUCAUAUUGAGAUAUUGGAUUACUUGGAAUCAUAUGCUAAGCACUUUGAUGUAUUGAAGUUUGUCAAGUUCAAAUCAAAGGUGAUGGAGCUCCGGUUUGUUGGUCACCACGAAACAGUUGAGUUUGCAGGAAAUGCUGGGGCGUAUGGGAGCCCAUUGCCAGGCCAGCCUGUUUGGGAGAUUGCUGUACAAACUAACGAUUCAGAAAACCUGAAGUGGUAUGCCUUUGAAUUUGUCGUUGUUUGCACUGGAAAAUAUGGGGACAUACCCAAAAUCCCAAAUUUCCCACACAACAAAGGGCCUGAGAUGUUUGAGGGCAAGGUCCUUCAUUCCCUUGAUUACUGCAAGCUGGACAAGGAUGCUGCUUAUCAACUACUGAAAGGAAAAAAGGUUGUAGUCGUUGGCUACAAAAAAUCAGCCAUUGAUUUAGCUGUAGAAUGUGCAGAAGCAAAUCAAGGGCCAGAAGGGCAACCAUGCACCAUGGUGAUAAGGACACUUCACUGGACUGUUCCGCAUUAUUGGGUCUGGGGUUUGCCUUUCUACCUGUUCUAUUCUACAAGAACGUCUCAGUUCCUCCAUGAAAGGCCAAACCAAAGCAUUCUCAGGACCCUCCUUUGCUACCUCUUAUCCCCCGUGAGGCGAGGGGUUUCGAAGUUCAUCGAGUCCUACUUGCUUUGGAUGCUUCCAUUAAAGAAGUAUGGGUUGAAACCGGACCACCCAUUUGAGGAAGAUUAUGCAUCUUGUCAGAUGGCCAUCAUGCCAGAAAAUUUUUUCACUGAGGCUGAUAAGGGAAAUAUUGUUUUCAAAAGAUCAUCAAAAUGGUGGUUCAGGAAAGAAGGAAUUGAGUUUGCUGACAAUACUAAAAUGAAGGCUGAUGUUGUAAUUCUUGCAACUGGUUACGAUGGAAAGAAGAAAGUCAAAACUAUUUUACCAGAGCCUUUCCGUAGUUUGAUAGAAUAUCCUUCUGGGAUCAUCCCCUUGUAUAGGGGCACAAUCCACCCAUUGAUACCGAACAUGGCUUUUGUGGGUUACAUCGAAAGUGUUGCGAACCUUCACACAUCAGAGCUGCGUAGCAUAUGGCUUGCUCGAUUGGUCGAUGAAAAAUUUAAGCUCCCAAGUGCUGAAAAUAUGCUAGAACAAAUACAUAGAGAGAUGGAGGUCUCGAGGAGGACAACCAGGUUCCACAAGAGGCACUGCAUUUCCACUUUUAGCAUCAACCACAGUGAUGAAAUCUGUGAAGAAAUGGGAUGGAACUCUUGGAGGAAGAAGAGCUGGUUAUCAGAAGCAUUUAGCCCUUAUGGCAGUCGGGAUUAUGGUCAGGAAAUAUAGUCAUUCUUUUUUCUCUAAUUACAGGGUUUGAUCAUGUGUAUCUUAAAAAAAGAAUCAGCCGAAGAUGAAAAGAAAAAAAAUUAUAUUAAUAAGUGAAGAAAAGUAGAAGUAAUCAUCAUAGAAAGUCAUUCAUUGUCCUUGUUAUAGGACUUUGGGGGUUUUCCUGUGUUUUUCAUAUCAAGUGAAAGAGAAAAAAAAUAAGUGAAGAGACAUAUUCCACCGUGUAGAAGAAAUUCAAACUUAUGUGUCUCAAUAAAAUAUACAUAGUUUUAGAUCUUAUUAUUAAAAUUGUCCAAAAGUCAAUCAAGAGUCAAAAUCUCUCAUCUUUUUUCACUUCAGUUGAUUAAGUUAUCAUAAUGCAUAUUAGGAUGACACUUUUAUGAUAGAUCACUUGAAUGGAUAUCAAUGUAUUAUUAAUUAGUUAGUUAGCAUGAAUCUCAAGUUUGAAGAUGAGAUAUAUGGCUUAUGG